CGGCGGCAGUGGUGAUGGUGGGGGGGAGAGAUCUCUGCACCUUGUAGCCGAGCCGGGGGAUGCACAGCGCCUACUCUUACCCCGAGUCCCAACCCUGCUCCGUUUCCAAGCCCGGCUGCCAGUAUGUGCUGACGGGAUGCGGGAAACAGAUCAGGGUUUCGCCUUCCCCGACUGGGCCUACAAGCCCGAGUCGAGUCCCGGCUCGCGGCAAAUCCAGCUGUGGCAUUUUAUCCUGGAGCUCUUGCGCAAGGAGGAGUACCAUGACGUCAUCGCCUGGCAGGGGGACUACGGGGAGUUUGUCAUCAAGGAUCCGGACGAGGUGGCCCGGCUCUGGGGGGUGAGGAAGUGCAAGCCCCAAAUGAACUACGACAAGCUAAGCAGAGCUCUGAGGUACUACUACAACAAGCGGAUCCUGCACAAGACCAAGGGCAAGCGCUUCACCUACAAGUUCAACUUCAAUAAGCUGGUGCUGGUCAACUAUCCCUUCAUUGACAUGGGCAUGGGAGGUGGGGCGGUGCCCCAGAGUGCCCCGCCAGUGCCCUCGGGGGGCUCCCACUUCCGUUUCCCACCCUCCACGCCGUCCGAUGUGCUGUCCCCCGCUGAGGAUCUGCGCUCGCCUGGCGUCUUCUCGGCUGUGGCUCGCCGCUUGGCCCGGGGCUCGGUCAGCGACUGCAGUGACGGCACGUCAGCGAACUCUGAAGUGGAGGAGUCCUUGGCUGAGGAGCAGAGGCGUGGGGAGGCAGGUGGUUUCCGUGGCCCCCCAGUGCCUGGCCACCCUCGCUUGACCCAUGACAGCCUCUUCAGGGUUUAUCCCCGCCCUCGGGUUCCUGAGCCCCUCAGUCCUUUCCCAGUGUCCCCCAUGGCUGGACCCGCAGCCCUUCUGCCCCCUCAGUUGUCCCCGGCCCUCCCCCUCACCCCCACACACAUGAACUACACUCCCUCACCCACUCUCAGCCCCAUGUACCCGGGAGGCUCCCAUUUCUCCUUCAACCCCGAGGACAUGAAGCGCUAUCUUCAGGCCCACACCCAGAGCGUCUACAACUACCACCUGAGUCCCAGAGCUUUCUUACACUACCCCAACAUUGUCAUCCCACAACCCCAACGCCUCGACAAGCCCCCUCUCCCACCACCGCCCCCCCAGGCGGAGGAGCCGCCGACCUCUUUCAAAUUCAAGCUGCAACCGCCGCCGCUGGGGCGCCGCAACCGGGAAAAGCAGCAGCCCCCGAGCGCACCCCCCGGAGAAUCCAGCAGUGGCCUCCCCUCUUCCUCCUCCUCUGCCUCGGUGGCCGAGCCACCCCCGCUCCCUCAGAUCAAGGUGGAACCCAUCUCGGAGGGCGAGUCGGAAGAGGACCUCACCGUGGAGGUCACCGACAUCAGUGAGGAAGAAGAGGACGAUGAGGAGGUCUUCAAGGCCCCCGCCGCACCCCCCGAGAAGAUUGGGGGAGAAGAGGAGAUUCAGCCAGUGGUUCCCCCUCUCGCCCGGGCCGGGGAAAGCGGGAAGUGUAUCCCCCUUAAACUACGAUUCAAGCGCCGUUGGAGCGAGGAUCAGCGGCUGGAAGCUGGCGCGGGGGCUGAGGAGACGGACGACAAGAAGGUGAAGGGGGAAGAUGACGCCAGUGGUCACGGAGACGGAGUGGGCGGCCGGCGGAUCAGCACGGAGCUCCAGCGGGCCACUGCUGAACUUACCCUUGAGAACCGGGACUCCUAGAGCUGGGAUGCACGCCCCCGCCCCCUUCCCAGGACAGAUGGACUUACAGGCGGGGUGGGGGGGUGGGGCUGGUUUUGCUGCUUUGACUCAAAGAUUAUCUUUUUACUGUCGUCGAUUUCCCUUUUUUUCCCCCCUUGAAACUCUGUACAUU